AUGUCCGCCUCGCACGUUCCCGUCUCUGACAUUAAAGUCGUCCCGACUGCCCCUGGCUGGGCUGUUGAAGGCCGCCCCCGCGAAACAUUCCGCAUAAUCCAAGUCUUCCACCCCUCCAACCUGCCCGGCAAACAAAUGAUCCUCGGAAAAGUGUACAUGCCUCCCGGGGCUGCCUCCCCACCCCAUACACACGGCGGCGCCGCUAUUAUCGCCGUGACCCUGGAAGGCGAGGUGCUGAACCAGAUGAACUGCGGCGAACCGGAGAUUGCGAAGCGGGGUGAGCACUGGUAUGAGGCGCCCGGGUGCCAUCAUCAGCGGUCGGAGAAUAAUACGGAGCGCCAUGCGGAGUUUAUUGCCGUGCUUGUUGUUGAUGAUGAGGUUGUCAAGGAUGGGUAUCAGAAUAUUUUUGUGUUGGAUGCGGAGAGGGAUGCGGCCAAGGAGAAGGCAGGGGACAACAAGGCUUAG